AUGCUUCAGCCAAACCAAUCUCUGCCAUUCGAUCCCUAAUUCUCGAUGCAAUUCGACCGACACUCACCGGAUCCUUCCCCUUCGCUCAUGCACCGGUUUCGCUCCUCGAUCUGCGGAUCCUGCUGCUUCGGCGGCGGAGGUGGUGGCGUCGCGGCCGGCGACGAGGAGGGCGGUCGGCCGGCGUCUCUGGUACGGUCUUCGACGAUCUGGCUGCGGUCGAAGGCGCAGGAGCUGCCGGAGAUCGGAGGACGCUGCCGGAACCUCGCGGCGCGGAUCGGCCGCCACCAGAACGGCAGCCGCGGUCCCUGUGCCUUCAGGUACGACCCCCUCAGCUACGCUCUCAACUUUGAUGAAGGGCCCGAGGACGAGGACAUGGACACUCGCGCCGGUGGGGAUGGGCGCCGAUACCGGAACUUCUCUUCCCGCCUUCCGGUCUCCCCGCCGCGACGCUCCGCCGGCGUUGGCGUCGAGGUCGCGUACUAGGGAUUCGCCGUCGUCGGCGCCUCUGUGACGAUUCGCAGUAAAUCUGUGCGCAUUUGUGUUUCUAUGAUAGCCUUUUGUGAAAAUCAAAAUAGUUUCGGGUUAAUUGUUAUUUUUCUCCA